CCCUCCCUCCUGCUCUUCCUUUGCUGGGACCCAAGCGCUGAAACCACCUCUGGAGUCCGGCCUCUCCUGGCUGCCGGCAGCUCCUUCCCUUUCUUUGCCUCCCCCUCGCCCCAGCUCGAUGGGAAUCUGAGCCCAGCAAGAUGAGGCUGCACGACUUCGUCCUUGCGCUGCUGCUGCACGCCUGCCUCCUGUGGGGGGGCUCCUGGGCUCAGGACAUCUCCUCCCGGCUCCACAGGGCACAAGACUGCCCUGUGGACCUCUUCUUCGUCCUGGACACCUCUGAGAGCGUUGCCCUAAGGGUGAGGCCCUUCGGGGACCUCGUGGCACAAGUGAAGGACUUCACCAACCGGUUCAUCGACAAGCUGACGGAGAGGUACUUUCGCUGCGACCGCUUCCUGGUGUGGAACGCUGGGGCGCUGCACUACAGCGACUCCGUGGUGCUCAUCAAGGACCUCACGGCCAUGCCCAGCGGCAGGGCCGAGCUGAAGGACAGCGUGUCGGCCAUCAGCUACAUCGGGAAGGGCACCCACACCGACUGCGCCAUAAAGCAGGGCAUCGAGCGCCUGCUCAUCGGUGGCUCCCAUCUCAAGGAGAAUAAAUACCUGAUCGUGGUGACAGAUGGACACCCCUUGGAGGGGUACAAGGAGCCCUGUGGUGGCCUGGAUGAUGCUGCCAAUGAAGCCAAACAUUUGGGGAUCAAAGUGUUCUCCGUCGCCAUCUCUCCCAACCACCUGGACCAGCGGCUCAAUAUCAUCGCCACAGACCAUUCCUACCGCCGCAACUUCACCGCUACCAGUCUGAAGCCGACCCGGGAUCUCGACGUGGAGGACACCAUCAACAACAUCAUCGACAUGAUUAAAGCCAACAUGGAGCAGUCGUGCUGCUCCUUCGAGUGCCAGCCUCCCCGCGGGCUCCCCGGACCUCCCGGCGAUCCAGGCCAUGAGGGAGAAAGAGGCAAGCCAGGUCUUCCUGGUCCCAAAGGAGAGGCUGGAGAGCCCGGCAGGCCAGGGGACAUGGGACCUGUUGGCUACCAAGGAAUGAAGGGUGACAAAGGAAGUCGAGGAGAAAAGGGAUCAAGAGGAGCCAAAGGAGCCAAGGGUGAGAAGGGCAAGCGUGGGAUUGAUGGCAUCGAUGGCAUGAAGGGAGAAGCUGGAUACCCCGGGCUACCUGGCUGCAAAGGCUCGCCUGGAUUCGACGGAACUCAAGGCCCACGCGGACCAAAGGGUGAUCCCGGUGCUUACGGACCCAAGGGAGGAAAGGGGGAGCCUGGGGAAGAUGGAAAGCCUGGCCGACAGGGGAUCCCUGGCAGCCCUGGAGAGAAGGGUGCUCCUGGCAACAGGGGUGAGCCUGGACCCACAGGGGAGACAGGGGAUGAGGGUUCCCCGGGUGCGGACGGUCCUCCUGGAGAGCGGGGCAGCAAUGGAGAAAGAGGCCCCCCAGGCUCGCCGGGAGACCGUGGUCCACGAGGAGAGCCGGGAGAGUCCGGGCCACCCGGUGACCAAGGUCGGGAAGGACCCCUCGGACCACCCGGUGACCAGGGUGAACCUGGACCACCAGGACCCAAGGGCUACAGGGGAGACGACGGCCCCCGUGGCAAUGAGGGCCCAAAGGGAUUGCCUGGAGCACCUGGGUUGCCUGGAGAUCCUGGCCUGAUGGGAGAAAGGGGGGAGGAUGGCCCUCCUGGUAAUGGCACGAUUGGAUUCCCAGGCGCCCCUGGGCAGCAAGGAGACAGAGGGGACCCUGGCAUUAACGGCACAAAAGGCUAUGUUGGUCCUAAAGGUGAUGAAGGAGAAGCUGGAGACCCUGGCAAUGAUAACCCAAACCCUGGCCCCAGGGGCAGCAAAGGAGCAAAAGGCCACAGGGGUCCUGAAGGCCUCCCGGGACCGCCCGGACCUGUGGGACCUCCAGGACCAGAUGAAUGUGAAAUCUUGGACAUCAUCAUGAAGAUGUGCUCUUGCUGUGAGUGCACGUGCGGUCCCGUCGACCUCCUCUUUGUGUUGGAUAGCUCAGAGAGCAUUGGCCUGCAGAAUUUCCAGAUUGCCAAGGAUUUCAUCAUCAAAGUCAUUGACCGCCUAAGCAAGGAUGAGCGCGUAAAGUUUGAACCCGGGGAGUCCCGAGUGGGCGUUGUGCAGUACAGCCACAACAACACGCAGGAGCUGGUGGCCAUGGGGGAUGCCAACAUAGACAACAUCGGGGCGCUCAAACAGGCAGUCAAGAACCUGAAGUGGAUAGCUGGGGGCACCCACACGGGAGAAGCCCUGCAGUUCAGCAAGGAGAACCUGCUGCGGAGGUUCACCUCCAACAACAACGUGGCCAUCGUCAUCACGGAUGGACGCUCGGACACGCUGCGGGACCGUACCCCACUGACCUCCCUGUGCGAGGUCACUCCGGUGGUUUCCCUCGGGAUAGGCGACAUUUUCCGGAACAACCCGAACCCAGAUCAACUGAACGACAUCGCUUGUUUAGGCAUGCCUAGAAAACAAGGACUGUCCAUUCAGAGGGACAACUACGCCGAGCUCCUGGAUGACUCCUUCUUGCAGAACAUCACCUCGUACGUCUGUCGAGAGAAGAAAUGUCCGGACUACACCUGCCCAAUCACCUUCACCAACCUGGCGGACAUCAUGCUGCUGGUGGACAGCUCCACCAGCGUGGGGAGCAAGAACUUCGAGACAACCAAGAGUUUUGUGAAGCGGCUGGCAGAGCGGUUCCUGGAGGCCAGCAAGCCGGCCGAAGACUCUGUGCGCGUCGCGGUGGUCCAGUACAGCGGGAGAACCCAGCAGAAGGUCGAAGUCCCGUUUCAGCGUAACUACACGGUCAUUGCCAAAGCCAUCGACAACAUGGAGUUCAUGAACGAUGCCACAGACGUCAAUGCUGCUCUGGAGUACAUCAUGGGGCUGUACCAGCGCUCUUCCCGUCCUGGGGCAAAGAAGAAGGUGCUGGUGUUUUCUGACGGCAACUCUCAGGGGAUCACCGCGAGGGCCAUCGAGAGGACUGUGCAGGAGGUUCAGCGGGCUGGUAUUGAGCUCUACGUGCUGGCCGUGGGCAGCCAAGUCAACGAGCCCAAUGUCCGUGUCCUGGUCACAGGGAAGAGCGCAGACUAUGACGUUGCCUACGGGGAGCGCCACCUGUUCCGCGUGCCCGACUACACCUCCCUGCUGCGCGGCGUCUUCUACCAAACUGUCUCCAGGAAGAUAGCUGUUAACUGAGCAGCCACAUGGGUUUCUACCAGUGCCGUGCCUGCUUCUCUCUCACCUAAACAUGAAAAACAACAAAAGCCAAAAAAUUAACAGUAUUCUUGACCGACCUGAGGAACUCGUGUCUAUUCAGAUAGCUGUCGUGCCACAGCCUGUCUGCACAGUCCCCUUCCUUCUCCAUCUGCUUCUUCAUCUGCACUUCUUCUUAGCCUCAAGCUGCUUCCCUGCCCUGUGACUGCCCAUGCCUUGCUCCCUGCAGCUGGCAAACACCAGUACACCUAGCAAUAAGCCCCACCAAAAGCAAACUCAUCCCACUGUUUUUUGCCAAAAAAAGAACCAGGAUGAGGAAUGUUGCACCACUAAGGACUUGCUUGGUCUUGCAAGGUUGAUCAUGUCCUUUUUAGAUAGUUUUUUUUUCUUCAUUUGCCUCUUUCAUUCAUAUGUCAGCUGAGCGCUUGCCCAGCUCACAAUGGUCCUAACCUAAGGCCAUGCUUCAGCACUUCAGCAGGCUUUGAGAGGGGAUCGUUGUCUCAGCUGGCAAGCGUGAUUCACAUCUCCCCUGAGGGUGGGAAGGGCUGGACUUUGUUACCUGAGCCACCCGCACACUAGGUGGUGAUGGAAGCAUCUCCAAGCACCUCCUGUGCCAUGGGAUGGGACACAGACCCCCAGGGAUGGGCUGAAGAUGAGUGGUGGAGCCCACCUCAGCGCUGACAGUCCCAUCCAGAGCAGGGGUCUGGGCAUUGGCUGAGAGAAAGGUGCACAGCAGCCACUGGGGAGGGGGGGACCCACGAAAAAGCUACAGAACCGCGCUCCUUCACUAACUAGUUUCAUGGUCCUACAGUGAAACCAGGAACCUCAUAAGUAACCUGAUGACUUGCGUUAUGGUCCAAACUCCAUGCUGGAAAAUCUCUCUGAGCCCAGUUAGUGGGAUUUUUAUUUUUCAAAGGUGCCAAGCUGUCUAAUUCCCAGCGAGCUCCCUGUGGGCGUACUGUUUCUGUAGGACCAUCUAGGCGUUAGACACCUAGGCCCUAGGGAAACCCACUAGCUGUACUAUAUAUUGAAUUAGGGCCUACUCCACAGCCCAGCUGAGUCAAGGGAAAGGCUGCCAUUAUCUGCCAGGGGCUUUGAAUCACACCCUACAGACAUACUGACAAAGGUGCUAUCACUACAUGGGUGAUGUGGGCCCUUGGUGUUUACACAGUUGUUUCCACAGCUGCACUGAAGAUGUGGUUUGGCUGGGUGAGAUUUUGUUCAGUGCUUCUGUUGGUGCUCUCGCUAUGAAUUCAUGCGCUUCUGAGAAAGCAACAGUGAUUGCCAGGUAUUGACAUCCCAAACUCUUUAUUUUGUAUCCAGAAAUCCAUUGUACAAGUUACUUUUAUUUUAUGCCUGUGUUUUACUAAAUUUGUCCACUUCAGAAAUUUGUCAAAUAAAUUGUUUUCCACAGUCUU